AUGGCUAAUAACGACAAAGCGAAUAUUUUUCGUGGACAAAGACAUGUUUCAGGUUUUGCACCAUCAUCAAACAAUGAAGAACAAGCUAAGAGUUCUCGUGUUUGUCCUACGUUCAAUUUUGGUCAAGUAAAUGAAACUCUUAAAAACAUAUCGAAUAUUCAUAAUAAUCUCAAAUCAUUAGCUGAUAUGAGUAAAAAUAAUCAUAAUUAUGAAAUCGACCAUGAUGAUAAACCAGAAAAAUUUACGCCUAUCGGACAAUUAUCAAUAUUAAAUAAACAUUCAACUCUACGUGAUAUCAAUCAUUCAUUAAUAAUGGAAGACGAUGGAACAAAUCCACAGUCACCAUUGCAUUCAGUGAAAACAUUCGAAGAAUUAAAAUUAGAACCAAAACUAUUAAAUGGAAUUUAUUAUAUGGGCUUCCGACGUCCAUCACGUAUUCAAGAACGUGCAUUACCACAAUUACUUGCCUAUCCGCCACGAAAUAUGAUUGCUCAAUCACAAAAUGGAACUGGAAAAACAGCAGCAUUUUCGUUGGCAACUCUUAGCCGUAUGGAUCCAAAUUUAAAUUAUGUUCAAGCACUCAUACUAUCACCUACAUUUGAACUUGCUUUACAAAUCGGACAAGUAAUUGAAAAUAUGUCAAAAUUUUUACCUCACAUUAAAAUUGCAUAUGCGGUACGUGACCCGAAAAUAUCAAAACGUAACGAAUAUGUCAAAGGAAAAGAAUUAGACGUUCCGAUUGUUAUUGGUACACCAGGUACAGUUGAAGAUUGGUGUAAAAAAUUAAAAAUAAUUGAUUUAAAAAAAUUACGAAUGUUUGUUAUCGAUGAAGCCGAUGUUAUGAUUAGUUUACCGGGUUUUUCGCAAAUUUGUAUUGAUCUUGUUAAGAAGACCAUUGGCAAAGAUUGUCAAACCAUGCUUUUCUCAGCAACAUAUUCAGAUGAGGUUAUGGAUUUUGCCAAACGAAUUAUUGAAAAUCCUGUUAUUUUUCGAUUAAAACGUGAAGAACAGUCAUUAUCAAAUAUUCGUCAAUUUUAUAUUGAAUGUAAUAAUGACGAAGAAAAGUAUGAUGCUGUUAAAACAAUCUAUUCAUCGAUAACUAUUGGUCAAGCAAUGAUAUUUUGUCGUUUUAAACGUACCGCCCAUGCUCUUGCAUUACGUAUGAUCAAUGAUAAACAUUGUGUUGAAUUACUUUCAUCAGAAUUAACUGUUGAACAACGUGCUGCUAUUAUCAAUCGUUUUCGUACUGGAAAAUUUCGUGUUUUAGUUGUCACUAAUGUUUGUGCACGUGGCAUAGAUAUCGAUGAUAUAUCAUUAGUACUUAAUUUCGAAUUUCCACUAGUUUAUGAUGAAAAAAAACAUAGUUUUAGUGAUAAACCGGAUUAUGAUACAUAUUUACAUCGUAUCGGACGUGCAGGAAGAUUCGGUCGUAUUGGCCAUACAUUUAAUUUAAUAACGCCAUCGGAAAAACACUUACUUAAACAAGUUGAAGAUUAUUUUCAAAAGCCAAUCGUUGAAUUUUCAGAAAAACAUAUCAUUGAUGAUGACGAACUCUACAAUAUAUAA